AUGCAAGAAGCAAAAACAUGGUUUGCAAUAGAGAGACCUUUCCUAAAAAGGGAAGAGAUAACUCACACAGGGAGUGCACAGCUGUUACGCUAUCAAGAAAAACUGCAAAGUGGCUUGAAAUUCAACACGAUGCAGCUGAUGUUACUGACUAGCUUACAUCUAGAGAAGACAUUCAGAGAAGACAUUCAGCGGCAUGAGCUGAGUGUCUCUGAAGCGUGCCUUGUAAAAGCGUGCGUGCUGCCGAAGGCAUUGCACCGUGGAUGCGACAUGCUGGGGACCCGAGAUGAUGUCGUACCUGAAAGUAAUGAUCAUAUGGAACAUAAUUUGCGUAUCCCUGGUGGUCCUUUCAUUGUCCCUGAUUCAAGAAGUGGCUUCUCAAGCUGCCAACACUACAAGGAGUGCUGCCCUGACUUCAACAAAGUCUGCACAGGGGCAGUCUCCUGCAAAGGACGUUGCUUUGAAGUCUAUCAAAGAGGAAGAGAGUGCGACUGUGACAUAGACUGUAAGCGAUACGGAAAAUGCUGCCCAGACUAUGACGAGCACUGCAAAGAAUUACACACAGAAAAGCCAGUGCCCAAGACUCCUCCCGCAAACAAAUCGACGUCUAAAAGGUCGUCUACAGAUGAGGAAAAGAAGCCAGAGGAAGAUACAGGUACUGUGACCAGUCCUCCUCCAACUACAAAACAGCCUGAUACAACAGCCCCAACCAAAGCAACUACUACUAAACCUACUCUACCAGCUACCACACGUACUACCACAAAACCAACAAUAACCACCCAAAAGCCUGAGGAAACAACCCCUGAAGCCACAGAGGCACCAACAACUCCCAAGGAUGAAGAGACAAUCCCUCCAACUACUGAGGCACCAACAACACCCAAAGCUGAAGAGACAACCCCUAAAGCCACAGAGGUGCCAACAACACCCAGAGCUGAAGAGACAACACCUGAAGCCACAGAGGCACCAACAACACCCAAAGCUGAGGACACAACACCUGAAUCCACAGAGGCAGCAACAACACCCAAAGAUGAAGAGACAACCUCUGCAGCCACAGAGGAACCAACAACACCCAAAGAUGAAGAGACAACACCUGAAGCCACAGAAGCACCAACAACACCCAAAGCUGAAGAUACAACCCCUGAAGCCACAGAGGCACCAACGACACCCAAAGCUGAGUACACAACUACUGAAGCAAACACGACCCCUGAAGCCACUGAGGAACCAACAACCCCCAAAGAUGAAGAGACAACACCUGAAGCCACACAGGCACCAACAACACCCAAAGAUGAAGACACAACACCUGAAUCCACAGAGGCAUCAACAACACCCAAAGAUGAAGAGACAACCACUGAAGCCACAGAGGAACCAACAACACCCAAAGAUGAAGACACGACCCCUGAAGCCACAGAGGCACCAACAACACCCAAAGAUGAAGUGACAUCCCCUGAAGCCACAGAGGCACCAACAACACCCAAAGAUGAAGUGACAUCCCCUGAAGCCACAGAAGCACCAACAACACCCAGAGCUGAAGACACGACCCCUGAAGCCACUGAGGAACCAACAACACCCAAAGAUGAAGACACAACACCUGAAGCCACAGAGGCACCAACUACCCCCAAAGAUGAAGACACAACACCUGAAUCCACAGAGGCAUCAACAACACCCAAAGCUGAAGAGACAACACCUGAAGCCACAGAGGAACCAACAACACCGAAAGCUGUGGAGACAACCCCUGCAGCCACAGAGGCACCAACAACAUCCAUAGAUGAAGAGACAACACCUGAAUCCACAGAGGCAGCAACAACACCCAAAGAUGAAGAGUCAACCUCUGCAGCCACAGAGGAACCAACAACACCCAAAGAUGAAGACACGACCCCUGAAGCCACAGAGGCACCAACAACACCCAAAGAUGAAGAGACAACACCUGAAGCCACAGAGGCACCAACAACACCCAAAGAUGAGGAGACAACACCUGAAGCCACAGAGGUGCCAACAACACCCAGAGCUGAAGAGACAACCCCUGAAGCCACAGAGGCACCAACAACUCCCAAGGAUGAAGAGACAACCCCUGAAGCCAAUGAGGAACCAACAACACUCAAAGCUGUGGAGACAACCCCUGAAGCCACAGAGGCACCAACAACACCCAGAGCUGAAGAGACAACCCCUGAAGCCACAGAGGCACCAACAACACCCAAAGAUGAAGAGACAACACCUGAAUCCAUAGAGGCAUCAACAACACCCAAAGAUGAAGAGACAACACCUGAAGCCACAGAAGCACCAACAACACCCAAAGCUGAGGAGACAACUCCUAAAGCCACUGGGGCACCAACAACACCCAAAGAUGAAGAGACAACCCCUAAAGCCACAGAGGCACCAACAACACUCAAAGCUGAGGAGACAACACCUGAAGCCACAGAGGCACCAACAACACCCAGAGCUGAAGACACAACACCUGAAGCCACAGAGGUGCCAACAACACCCAGAGCUGAAGAGACAACCCUUGAAGCCACAGAGGCACCAACAACACCCAGAGCUGAAGAGACAACCCUUGAAGCCACAGAGGCACCAACAACACCCAAAGCUGAGGACACAACACCUGAAUCCACAGAAGCACCAACAACACCGAAAGAUGAAGAGACAACCCCUAAAGCCACAGAGGGACCAACAACACCCAAAGAUGAAGAGACAACCUCUGCAGCCACAGAGGAACCAACAACACCCAAAGAUGAAGAGACAACACCUGAAGCCACAGAGGUGCCAACAACACCCAGAGCUGAAGAGACAACACCUGAAGCCACAGAGGCACCAACAACACUCAAAGCUGAGGAGACAACACCUGAAUCCACAGAAGCACCAACAACACCCAAAGAUGAAGAGACAACCCCUAAAGCCACAGAGGGACCAACAACACCCAAAGAUGAGGAGACAACCCCUAAAUCCACGGAGGGACCAACUACACCCAAAGAUGAAGAGACAACCACUGAAGCCACAGAAGCAUCAACAACACCCAAAGCUGAGGACACAACACGUGAAGCCACAGAGUCAUCAACAAACCCAAAAGAAGAAAAGACGACCCCUGUAGCCACGGAGGCAUCAACAACACCGAAAGCUGAGGAGACAACACCUGAAGCCACAAAUGUGCCAACAACACCCAAAGAUGAAGAGACAACCCCUAAAGCCACUGAGGGACCAACAACACCCAAAGAUGAAGUGACAACACCUGAAGCCACAGAGGCACCAACAACACCCAAAGAUGAAGAGACAACCCCUAAAGCCACCGAGGGACCAACAACACCGAAAGUUGAAGACACAACACGUGAAGCCACAGAGGCACCAACAACACCCAAAGAUGAAGAGACAACCCCUAAAUCCACGGAGGGACCAACUACCCCCAAAGAUGAAGAGACAACCCCUGAAGCCACUGAGGAACCAACAACACCCAAAGCUGAAGACACGACCCCUGAAGCCAGUGAGGCACCAACAACACCCAAAGCUGAGGAGACGACCCCUGAAGUCGCUGAGGUACUGACAACCCCAAAAGAUGUAGAGACAAUCCCUGAAGCCAUUGAGGCAUCGACAACGCAGGUAGUCAAAGGAACAACCCCUGAAGCCACAGAGGCACCAACAACCCCCAAAGCCGAAGACACAACCCCUGCAGCCACGGAGGCUGUGGCUACCCCAAAACCUGAAGAGACAACCUCUGCAUGCACAGAGGCCCCAGCAACUCCCAAAGUUGAAGAGUCAACCACUGAAGCCAUUAAAACACCAACUCCUAUGGCCAAAGUGACAACCCCUGAAGCCACUGAGGCACCAAGAACUCACAAAGUCAUGGAGACAACCCCUGCAGCCACAGUGGCCUCAAUGACUCCCAAAGCCAAAGCGACGACCGCCAAAUCCAAAGAGACCACAUCCCCUAAAGUUGCGAAGACAACCCCUGUUGCCACAGAGGUAGUGACAGCCUCAAAAACCGAGGCCACAGAUCGUCCAAUGACUCCUAAAACCAAAGGGACAACCCCUAAAGGCACAGAGAUACCGACAGCACCUAAAUCUGAACAGAUAACUCCUGAAGCCGCAGAGGCACCAGCAACCCCUAAAGCUGAGGAGACAACCCCUAAAGCCACAGAAGCACCAACAACCAAGGCUGAUUCUCCCACCACUCCCAAAGCUGAGGAGAAAAGUGCUAGUGCCACAAAGGUGCCAACAGUCCCCAAAGAAAUAAUGCCUAAGGCCACAGAUGCUCCAAUAUCCCUGUCUGACUCUCCCAUCGUUCCUGAAGUUGAACUUUCUACACCUGCACCCACAAAUGUUAAGCAAGGCACAACUACUAUAUAUAGCAAACUAGUAAGUAUAACUGAUAAAAGUGACAAAACAACUAAGCCUAUUAUGACCCCUGUAACCAUGGAGAUCUCAACUAAAAAAGAAACAACCACAGAGAAAAAGGAAGUAACAAUACCCAAGAAAGACAAAACUACAGUGCUUAAAGACCUUUUGAAAGGUAGAAGAGACACAACUACUGUAACUAUUCCAGAUACAACCCCUGCACCCAAUCAAGUUGUUAGUACAACAGCUGUAUUAGAAGCAACUACCACAUACAAAAGGGCUGCAACAACAGCUACAGAAGGAGAAGCAACCCCAGGUACACAAGACAAAACUCCCACAACAAAAGAGACUUCACCAUCUACAGCUAAAAGAGAAGAACAUGCUGUGGGAACCAUGACUGUAACAACAUCAGCAGCUAAAAGCACUACACGGAAGCCCACUAUGCUGCCAACAACUGCCGAAACAGAUUCAACUCCUAAACCUGGGGAGAUUGUGACAACAACUAAAAGAGACACAACUAUGGAAACUACACGGGCUGCACCAGCAGUUGCUGAGUGCAUCAUUCCCUCUAAAGAGACAACAGCUGGUGAAAAAGAGAUGACCACCCUUGCCAAGGAAACUAGCUAUACUACUGAAAAAGAAAUAGAGGAUGCCCCUGAAAAGUCCCCUAGCCUUGACAAGAAAGAAGAAACUACAGUAAUCAGUGGUAGAACAGCAACAGAUAAAAAAGACACAAUAGAAGAAAUGUUUCUUGUUCCUAGAGGGACAUCCAAACCAGCUAUACAUUUCCAGGAGAUUACUGACACACAUGAUCGGCCUUCUCGACUGAACCCUGAAACCACACCAGUAGAAGAGCCGGAGAUAAACAAGCCUUUAAUACAAACUGCAGACUUGCCAAUUUUAUCUGGAGGAGCAGAAAUGGGGAAGGCCAACGAGAAGGACCUGUGCAGUGGGAAGCCAGCGGAUAGCAUGGUUGCCCUGCCCAAUGGAACCCUGGCCGUCUUCAGAGGUCACUACUACUGGCUGCUGAAUGGCAGGACCCCACCAACAACCAGUCCCCAGCGGAUCAGUGUGGGCUGGGGCAUCCCAUCCCCCAUCGAUGCUGUCUUCUCCAGGUGCAACUGUGAUGGCAAGACUUUCUUCAUCAAGGGUCCUCUAUACUGGCGUUUCACUAAUGGUGUAAUGGAUAAAGGCUAUCCCAAACCUCUCACAAAUGGAUUUGCAGGGCUAAGUGGGAAAAUAAGGGCAGCCCUCCCAGUGGCAAGUUACAAUGGCAGACCAGAAUCUGUUUAUUUUAUCAAAAGAGAUGGCAACAUGCAACAGUAUGUAUACAGGCAAGAACCAGCCAAGAAGUGCCAACGGAAAGCACGCAUUACCAUAAGAUACCCAGCUUUUGUCCCAAGACUUGUAAUAAGGAGACGCUUUCAACGUGCAGUAGGAAUGCCAACAGUUAUUCAGACUGUCAGAAUCAAUCCAUACCAAUCUGGAGUUUUGCGCAAGGAAAUCAAAGUGACUGCCUACUGGAGAGGGCUCCCCAAAGUAGUUCACUCGACGAUCUCAGUACCCAACUACAGUAAACCAGACGGCUAUGAUUAUUAUGCCUUCUCUUACAACCGGUACUACAGUUUGGAUGUGGGCAAAAGAAUAGCAAGACCUGUAACCGCUCUCACGGGAAAGACUGUAUCUAAAGACUGGUAUAACUGUCCUGAAAAGUGAUGCAGAGCAGAGGAUU